GCAACCGAGUACAGCGCAACAUGUCAGGACGAGGCAAAGGCGGUAAAGUGAAGGGAAAGGCAAAGUCCCGCUCGUCCAGGGCCGGUCUUCAGUUCCCGGUCGGCAGGAUCCACCGUCUGCUCCGCAAGGGCAACUACGCCGAGCGAGUGGGUGCCGGAGCUCCGGUCUACCUGGCCGCCGUCAUGGAGUAUCUCGCCGCCGAGGUUCUCGAGUUGGCCGGUAACGCGGCCCGUGACAACAAGAAGACCAGGAUCAUUCCCCGUCACCUUCAGCUGGCCAUCAGGAAUGACGAAGAGCUGAACAAGCUCCUGUCCGGUGUCACCAUCGCCCAGGGAGGUGUACUGCCCAACAUCCAGGCCGUGCUCCUGCCCAAGAAGACCGAGAAGAAGGCCUAAGUCGCCCGCCAACGCGCGACACAAAGCCGCCCGGCUCCACAAACGGCCUUUUUAAAGGCCAC